CACGUUGAUCCACAACGAGUAGAACUCCAGAGGACCGUCACCGUUUGAAGACCUUCUCUCAUUCCUCUUUUGACGCGCGAUCACGCAUACUAGCACAAUUUCUCAUGGGUAUUGAUGAUGGUCCUCACUCAAUGUCGUGGGAGCACGCAACGAGCAGGCCUUCGCUACCGUCGCCUGUUUCCAGGAGUGGAACACCUGCCCACUCAGGAUCCACCUUUGCGACUGAGGAGUUGGCGCUUUUGAAAGAUUCGUCGACUCAUGAUCAAGCUGAAGACCAUGAGUACCAGACUGCGCCCGUCCUCACGCAGGAGGCAUUCGUGUCGGCUGGAUUCACGCAGCGGCCAUCUCAGUAUGGUGUCCUUGGUGCCAUAUUGUCCAUAAACGGAAAAGGUAGCCGGGAAGUCCCGAGCGAUCCUAGGCUCUACUUUAAUACGAACGCUCCCCUAUCGGCGAUCAUAUGCGGCGUUCAAGGCUCAGGAAAAUCGCACACCGUUUCGGUGUUGCUUGAGAAUAUGCUGAUUCCUCGGUUCUCGCCAAUCGGUGCAACUCAAAAGGCCUUGUCUGCCCUCGUCCUCCACUUCGGCGAAGGAGGAAAGACAGCAUUACCUAACGAAACCGCUUGGCUGGCCAGCAGUAGCAUCGAUGGGGUCUCCGCGCCUCCUGUGCAGGUGUACGUUUCGCCGUCGCAGCUGAGCACGAUGAGGCAAGUAUAUGGGCGUCUGGGCAAAGUUGUCGUAGAACCUCUGAGGCUCUCUGAAGAGGAACUCGAUGCCCAGGCAUUCUUGUCCCUGAUGGCCGUCGGGUCCUCCGACAAUGCGCCAUUGUAUAUGCAGACCGUCCUGAGUAUCCUGCGCGAUAUGGGGGAGAACUUCACAUAUGCAGAGUUCAAGGCACGUCUCGAGGGAGAAAGGCAAGGCUUCAAUCCUGCUCAGCGAGCUGGUUUGAAGCUGCGCAUGCAGCUCCUCGAGGGUUUCCUCGACACUGCCAACAUGAAGCAUGGCCAGAGCUCCCGUUUUGCCGAGGGCCGACUGACAAUUAUCGACCUCUCGGAUCCAUUUAUCGACCCAGCUGCAGCUUGCGGCUUAUUUGAGGUAAUUACGCGAAUCUUCAUCCGCGCUGACAUCGGAACCGGAAAGGUCCUCGUUGUCGAUGAGGCGCACAAGUACCUGGCCGCCAACAAAGGCAAUUCUGGGCUGACAAAGGCCUUGCAGUCCUUGAUACGGCAACAACGCCACCUCGCCAUGCGUGUGGUCAUUAGUACACAGGAGCCCACUGUGGUGCCGGCAGUGUUACUAGACCUGUGCAGCCUAGCAAUCCUGCAUAGAUUCUCAUCUCCAGCGUGGUGGGAACAUGUUGCCAAACACGUCUCGGCCAAUGUGUCAGAAGAGACGUUCGACCAGAUUGUCAAGCUCAGGACUGGAGAGGCCAUAGUUCUUGCACCAUCCGGACUGGGUAUGGUCCGCGACACCCGCGAGGAUGACGCCAGGACGGGAAACUUGAAGCGGCUGACCCAGUUCGGACGCCGAUAUCUCAUCAUCAAGUCUCGUCAGCGAAUUACUGCUGAUGGUGGAACAUCUAUCCUGGUGGUCUGAGUAAAUAUUUGAAGCUGUUCGCGACGUGCUGUUCUCGCUGAUAUCCCUGUACAUGUCAUUUGGCCACAUAUAAUGUAUUUCACAUCUUGAUUGCUUUCAUCGUGUUCACGCCAGAUAAUCACUACCACUAUCAGAUAAUGUGCC